AUGUUAAAGUAAUGCUUUACAUAAUUUUAGCAAUUAAAAAGCAUAUGUAGAAUAAAAAUUUCAGGAUUUUCAAGUAAACUCAAAACAAAAUUAAUAAUAUUAUUUUUCUUGAAUGAAAUAGAAAAAAUAAUUGAGAUUGAUGGCAUAAAAAUUACCAAAACAAAUAAAAUAAAGCAUGGAGCAAAAACGAAAAUUUAUGAGGGUUAUUUGAAUCAAAAUGAACAGAAAAAAGUUGCGUUGAAAAAACAUAAAGAAAAAUUUACAAACGAAUAAAUUCUACUUCUUAAAAUCCUUAAAGAAUAAAUUAAUGAUCAUAUAAUUGAAAUUAUUGCUUUUGGAUAGACUUAAAAAGGAAAAUGCUAUAUCGUAAUGGAACUUGGAAAUUAAAUUGAUUUAAUGAAUCUGGCUAAUAAAUAAUAAACAUGUUUAGAAGUAAAUAUUACUAUAAUUAGAUGGCAAAAUCAAUCUAAAUAUUACAUAAAUAUGGAUAUUUUCAUAGAGAUUUAAAACCUGAAAACUUGUUAUAAGUCAAAAGGGAAAAAUUAAACUAAUAAAUUUUGGAAUUGCAAAAAAAAUGGAUGA